GGUCAAUAAGUGCACUAGCGGCAGGUCGUUGGCUCUGCACAACCUGAGCGCAUUGCAUCCAAUCUGUGCCGGUCCCAGGGGUCUGAAGUGACCCCCCCGAGACACUCAGACUGGGGGCCAAAUUUUCAGAAAACAUAAGAAAUCAAACGCAGGGAGUCCAGCCAUGUUCACGAAUGACUUUGAUAAGACUUGCCGCCUCAGAGGAGGAGCUGUCAUCGGGAAAUCCAAGGAUGUUGCCCGCAGCUCAAGUGCCGGAGCGCGCAUGAGGAAUCAUCCACACCAAAUCAAGUCUUAACAAGUGAAAUCUGGAAUAAACUGACUUGACUUUUAGUGUUUCGAGAAAUAUGGUGUAAAGUGCUGCAUUCCAGUAGCGCGCAUUCACAUGAACGCCGCUGGGGUCGCGAGAUCCACACACGAGCGCUAUGCGGCUGCUGGGCUGACAGCGCGCGACAGCAUCGGCUCUGGCGUUUGGGUUCAUCAUAAGCGAGUUCCACAAGUUCCAGUACAGAAGAUGAAAGAGAGUAAAUAAGGUCCUUCAUUUUCCUCUGCAACAACCAUGCUGCCGAAAGAACAGCACAGUGAUGGCAAGACUGCUAAAACCCCAUGCUCUGAGCUAAAAGCCAAGGUCAUGAAGAAGGAAAAGAAGAAGGUUGUGUAUCGGGAGCCACCAGAUGGCGGGUGGGGUUGGAUGGUGGUUCUGCAUUGUUUCCUGGUGAACGUGCUGGUUAUGGGUACACUGAAGACCUUUGGGAUCUUUUUCGUGGCUCUGCAGGAUGAAUUUGGAGGGUCAUCCGAGAGCAUCAGCUGGAUUGGAUCCAUCAUGUCCAGCCUCAGGCUUUCCGGAGGUCCAUUGGCUUCAGUGGCCUGUGCAAAGCUGGGGAAUAGGGUUACCUCCAUAGUGGGGGCGCUUUUUGUUAGUGCUGGCUUUCUGUUCAGCAUAUUUGCCACCAGCGUGACCUACCUUUACAUUAGCAUGGGGUUAGUUGUUGGACUCGGGUUUGCUCUUCUUUAUCAGGCCACAUCUGUUGUAAUAGUGACCUAUUUCCGAAAGAGGCUGGCAACGGCAUAUUCCAUUGGACGCUCUGGCAUGGGUCUGACCUUUGCCCUCGCUCCAUUCACUCAGCUACUUUUGGAUCAGUAUGCUUGGCAGGGAGCACUGCUGAUUUUGGGUGGUCUAAUGCUGAACCUGGUGGCUUCUGGGAUGCUUCUGCGGCCCAUUAACAUUAGACAUCCAGCUUCACCCAUUUCAAACUCCACCAUUCAUAAGACUGAGAAAGAUCCUCUCAAAAACAAUAUGAACGGCAACACGCCAGUAGCCAAUGGCACUUCCAAAUCAGACAGCUCACCCCCCAUUCACAAAGACACACUUAUAAUAAAAAACCCCGUUCACGAGCAGAACUCUCUCCCUCACCUGGAUCUCAAAAAACCCACCCAGAACGGAGUGAACGGAACGGACAGCAGCCAAACUAAAACUUCCCCCGAGAUGAAUGGGGUUUCUCCUGUGGAUUCAUUACUUGAGAACGGCAGAACAGAAAAUGUGCCUGAAAACUCCCCAAAAGUGCUGGACUUCUCUCUGUUGAAGAACCCUUUCUUUUGCAUCUACACCUGGUCGCUGGUCUUCAGUCAGCUGGCCUAUUUCAUCCCUUAUUUUCACUUGUCUGCGAGAGCCCGGAAUCUGGGAAUCGACCCCAUGGAUGCUUCCUUCAUCAUCUCUGUGGCUGGUAUAACAGAGACGGUGGCUCAGCUUGCAUCUGGCUGGGUGACGGACAGGAAUCUGGUGCAUAAAUAUCAUUAUCAUAAAGCUUACCUGAUUCUGUGCGGUGUGGUCAACCUUCUGUCUCCUCUGGCCACCUCGUACAUCUUGCUCAUGGUUUACGCUGUCUUUUUUGCCAUCUUCUGUGGAGGGUACAUGGCUCUCCUGCUUCCUGUACUGGUGGACUUGGUGGGAGCUGACAAGCUAAACAACUCGAUGGGGUUCUCCAUGUUUUUUGUGGGUCUUGGCUGUCUCACAGGUCCUCCUCUGGCAGGCUUCCUAUACGACUACACUCAGACGUACGACUGCUCCUUCUACCUGGCAGGUGUGUGUUACCUCUUAUCAUCGAUUUCUCUGUUCCUCGAGCCUCUGGCGAGGCGCUGGCAGGCCCGAAAGGAACGGCUUGAGACGCUAAACCAGGAGUUGAUGUGGAGUAAUGGUUGUUUCUGUCCGGCACCUCAGAGGAACGGUGUUGUAUAAUAAAGGAAUAAACUCACAACCGUUUCACCUUUCAUCACGUCAUGUGGUUCAGUCUCGGAAGAGGAGCUGACCUGAACAUUUGGCGGGACCACACUACGGCAAGCAAAUCAGUGUUCAUUUGAAUUCAGAGACCAAUAAAUGCUUGAGGACACCACAAUGCAAACUAUUUCGUUAGUGGACGAGGGAGAAUGGAUUUUGUUGAUUUUAAUGAACAAACAUGUGCUUCCCUCACCCUCGCACAACAAAUUUAUGUUUUGUCGCACCAUUUCUAAGCAAAUUACGACAGUGGAUUAUUUCAAACGAAAGACACGCAAACACAUCCACUGUCACUCACUCAAAUUUAACUUUUUUUGUCAAAUGGCGAUGGGUUCAUGCACAAUAAGCAGGUCUUCCGUGUGAGAGCGCUUCCUCCGUGAGCAGAGCACAUGUUUUGAGCCUUUAAUAUUCGUUUGUGUGAUUUAUCAGUUGUCAUGAAGCUGUGCAAAGACCUGCAUAAGGGCACAAUGAUUGACCUCGUCGUUUUCGUUUAGUCGUUGGUGUACCAAUUGGACUAUUUCGGACCAGAAUAGCCUAUUCUCGACAUGGACGACUUUUUUUUCUUCUCCUUGCUGGUGCCAAAUCAUUCAUUCACUACUGACAACAACCAAGAGAUUUUCUGGAACAAACCGCUGCAUGAAUACAAGUGCAUAUUUUGCUGAUGCUAAAAAAUGAGGUCAGUUGGCUUGUCAAUUCAUGCGUUGUCCAAGAGGCCCAGACGGUGAACAUUUCAAAUAGAGUUUCUCUAAAGUGCAAAUCCUUUAUAUUUUUGUGUUAUUUUAUUGCUGAGAUUCACCAGUGCACAGUUUAUGGCCACUUACUGCCUUUGUACACAAUGACCGCUAAAUAUCAUGUGAUGAGAGCCAAAGAUGCAAUGGAAAUACAAUGUAUCGAUCUAUGCAUUUGACAGUCCUCGGUAUUUUCUGUUCAGUGUGCGCUGUUGCCCUCUAGAGGCGUUAGCCAUGUACUACUGCUGGAAUGUUGGAUCAAUUAACAGGCUAUCCAUGUUCUGGAAUGUCCGAUUCUUUUCUUUCGUCAGUCAAGUAAUGAUCAACAGAGCAUUUCCUAAUAGGAAUGAGCAAGACACGCACAAUUACAAUUGAUUUAAAGGGAUAGUUCACAAAGAAAUGAACAUUUCCUCACUAUUUACGCACACUCAAAACCUACUUUAUGAACACAAGAUAUUCUGAAGAAAGCUGGGAAAAGCAAACAGACAAUUAUUGUAAUUGAAUGUAAAAUGGAUGAGUAAAUGAUUUAUAUUUUUGGGUGAACUAUCCCUUUAAUAAUAAGCACUUCAUAAUGUAACAUUACGCCAUUCUCUCGACUUAUUAUUGUUGCCAAUUAGACAACACCAGCUAUACUGUACUGUUAGUGAUUUAGCGUUGGGAUUAUUACCCUCGCUUUUUAUUUCACUUUUCCUUAGGUUUUUUUUAAGGAUUAUAUUUUGUUCAUGUUGUUGCCUUAACUCACUACUGUUAAGAUUUACAUGACUGCAAAUUAAAGCCAGCAGUAAACUUAAAAGCCA